AUGGCUGCAGAAGCUGUGCCAGUGCCGCCGUGUGCUCCUGAUGCCAAUGAGAUCCGAGAGGCACCUCCGACUCCGGAGUUGCAGCGCUGCAGUGUCGAUGAGCUCCGAAUGCAUUUGGAAUCUUGUCCAGAUGGCCACAAAUCCUGCCGACAAUGCAUGUUUGCAGCAGGCCAGCUAAGUUACUUGGGGCGACUCCGCAAAUCCUCAGUUCUACUGCACACAACGGAUGAGACGCACUCAUGGAAGCGGCAGUGUACUUUUCGUUUCCAGCAGCAAAUGCAUUCGUGGGUGAUCUUCAGAGACAAUCCUAUCAAGGUGGGUUGUUUUCUGUGCUUCAGAGGCAAAGUGAACUCACCGUAUGCUCGGGUUGAGGCACAGCCUCAGCAAGCCAGUGACCUGAGCAACCAUUCCAAGAACUUGAAGCAUAUCAAGGCACUUGAGGCAUUACAAUCUGCGCAGCUGAGUUCGGACCGAUCAGAGCAGGAGCCACAGGAGCCGGAACUGAAGCAUGGCAUUGUUUCGGGCCUGAGCUCGAAAGUGCCAAGAAUGGACAGCUGGGUUGCAGCGCUGAGCAGCAUUCUGACCCGUUCUUCCCUCCAAUCGGUGCAGGACCAGUCUUCAACUGCAGCUGUGGCUUCAGGGCUCUUAGAUCCUCAGGCAGAUGCAUCCGACACGGUGCUUCGAAAAAUGCUGCAAUGCCUGGUCGAACCACUCAACCAGGAAAUCCUUUUUCACAUGAGGCAAGCUGUUGCAUCCUCUAUCGCAAUGGACCGUGGUCCAGAUUCUUGCCUGGUCGUUUACGCAAGAAUACUGACAAAGUCUGGUCAGAUUUUUGAUUGCCACUUGGGCAUUCAGGGCGAUUGUGUUGCAGAUGCAGAGGAGCCUCAGGCUUCAAGAAAGCUGUCUGAAGCCUUCAAGAAGAUUCUGCUACGUUCCUGUACGAAGAGGGGGGACGGAAGGAGAUCCAAUCUGUAUCAUGGAGAAGACGACACGAUUGAUACAGUCGCCUUCGAUCGUUUCUGCGACAGUGUCAGGUCAAUCGUUUGCGAUGGGUGCGCUGUGGAGCAGCGUGCAGCAUUCGAAUCUAGCCCGCUGGUGGGACACCUGGUCGGGGCUGCUGAGCGACAGCCUCUCUUCCCCAAUUGUGCUAUGAUCACGCGGGAUCGUGCUCAUAGGGUGCGAUCGGUGCAAAAGCUGUUUUUCAAGAAGCUCCCGCCUAUCUUCAGCCAGUUCAUUGACAAGCUUCUGACUGGCAAACGCAGCAUAGCCACUUUGCUUGAAACCUCAGAUAAGUAUUCCCACGCUUUCCUGAACAAGCAAAAGGCUGCCAGGGCUGGUGAUGCCGACGGCGAGCUGGAAAGCGGUGCUGGGUUUAGCAAGCUCAUAAAGUCCUUGAGCUUUGCGGACCAUCGCUUCGAUAGCCGGCUAAAGCCCCUGUUCCGGCUUUUCAAGCUGCUGAUGAUUGUGUUGGAAAUGUUGCAAGACAUUGCUUCCGGUCUUGGCCCCUGGGAAGCUGAUGAUCGAGAGAAGGCAAAGAGUGUGUUGUAUGACUUCUCCGGCGACCUCGGAUACAUCACGGUGGUUUCAGCCGCCGUUACGGCUGACGCGAUGUUGCUGGGCUCUCCAUUCUUGCGAGUCUGUGACCAGGACAACGCAGACUAUGCGCUGCAAGCGCCUGCUGCAGCGAAAGCUUUGCAAGAUAUGCGACAUUUUCUAUACGAUGGAGCCAUUUGGCUCCCGGAUGCCCGCAACACGCUCACCCACACUGUCUUGAGAGCCAUAAAAGACAGGCUGAUGAUUCUGCGCCACAAUUCCAAAGACUGUGAAGCAGUGUCAAUGAGGUUCUAUGCCAUCUUCGAGGCCUUCUGUUCUAUGAGGCCGAAAAUCAGUAGUUCUGUGUGUUCCUGGCUCAUUGAUGGUGAUACUUCUAGUUCUCUUCAUGCUGGUGGAUGUCCCAGUGCUCUUUCUGAUGCUGUUCUUGAUGUUGCUCCUAGUGUUGCUCAGCAGCGGGAGGAGGUGUUGUUGGUGGCGGCGGCUGUUGCUGCUGCUUUGGAUGUUGCGAGUUCUGGGACCUACUCGGAUUCUUCGGUAUUGGCCCCUGCUCAGGAGGCAAACUGCAUGGUGGCAUUCAACCUCGACGUCGACAUGACACUUUCCGAUCGCCAGAAAUUCUUGAUGACGCUGGCGCAGAGAUUGAAUGUGGACGGCGGCAAGGCCUGGCGUUCUUUUGUCGGCAGUGGCCGUGGACACACAACUGGGCUAUUGGCGCAGGCCCGUUACUGGGCCAGCAGCGCAGGUCUGGCAAAUCGCCCAGAACAGUCGACUAGUCAAGUCAAGCACAUCUGCCACAGCCCCGAAAGCCAUCACCAGCAAGCAUGGCUGCAAACAUUUCGCGACCUUCGACAAAGCGACGGCCAUGCGGAGGCAAAGCAGCUGCUGGCGUUUUAUCUCUCGGCGCUGAGUGGUACGCAGACAGUCGAGCGCUUCAUAGGUGCCAUGGAGAGUCUCAAGAGGCAAAGACGCACCCUUCACGAUCGGUCUCUCGAGGCCUCUAUGAAACUUGUCUUGAUGGACUUGGGCGGCCGUCGCCGACAGCGUCUGGACCCGUUGGCACUCCUAUCCAAAUCUGCGCCUGGAAGGACGUCUGGCCAGGCCACCGUCCUUCACCCUUCAACGCCAUAUCUCUUGCGAGCUCAGAAACUCUAUGGCCAGUGGUUCGGUGAACGGGCAUCUGCAGGACGUUCCCUUCAAGUUGCAAGUUUGUCUGAACUUGGCGUGGCCCAGGUGAAAGCCAAAAAACCUCGCCUAGGCGGGCCGCGGACUCUGCAGAACGAUUCAGAGGCAGCCCAACUUGGGCAGCACAGACAAUCUUGCAUGGCAGCCAUCAGUCAACUUCAGUCUGGUGCUGGCACGGAGACGAUCCUGGGUGCGGAGCUUCCUCGACCAGAGCCACAGAAGCAAGUGCUGUCUCAGAUGGCGGAUGCCGCUUGGGAAAUGUCGAAGCGGCGCAAGACAAAACAAGAUCCCGAGCCUUUGCCUGUUAUUGCUGACACCGUAUCCACUCCGACUGCCAUGGCCUCUUUGCUGGCUGGAAAGCCUUCUUCUGCCUCGUCAUCGUCCACGUCAGUGCCAGUAGAUGAUGCAAUUGAUUGGACGCAAGCUGUCAGUGCCGUUCAGAAGCAAGCGCAGGUGGCCUUGCAGAGACAGCAAGCCCAGGUGCAGGGGAAACCUGGCCAGCCCACUGCAUUCGUUGAUUCGAAAGGAGGAGGGAUGACUGUGAUCCCAGACGGUCCUGUCUCAGAGCCGCAGCCUGGCAGGAAAGUCCCAACAUUGCCAUUGAAACCAAUUUUGUUGCGUGGCCCUGGUGCGGAGAAAUCAUCUUUGAAGGGCUGCAUUCCGGCAACAUUUCCAGACAAGCCAGACAUUGUGCUGGUGUCGUCUAUAACGAGUCACUGGGAAUCGCCGGAGGGCCUUCUUGCCCGCUUAGAAGGCGCUCGUUUUCGUGACCUCGAGACAUCCCGUGAGGUGUUCUUCAGGGGAGCUACACAGUGUCAGCAUUUCGUGCUCUACGUGUCCGACAGCUUUGCGAAGCAGCACCCCGUGCAUUUGCAAGCCCUGGAAGCAUGUGCUAGCCGCAGUCCCCUGAUGUUUUCAAGCCGUGCCAAGGGAAAGGUCAAACGGCUGGAAGUGCAUACUGGAUACACGGCUCUUCCAGAAGAGCUUUUGUUUCCAGAAUUCACCUAUCUUCUCGUGGCAAAAGUCUCAGAGGGUGAAGAGGGUGCGAAGCACCAGCUGGAUUUACGCAUGCUGCUCAACCGCUGCAGCCGCUGCUAUGCUAACUAG